AUGAGAGCUGCAGCCAUCUCCAUGCCAAGGCUGGACAAAAUGCCCGGAAUGUUCUUCUCUGCUAGCCCAAAGGAUUUGAAAGAACCUAGCCAUUCACUUCUAGAUGACAAAACGCAAAAAAAGAGGCCAAAGACUUUUGGAAUGGAUGUGAAAGCAUACCUGAGAUCUAUGAUCCCACAUCUGGAAUCCGGGAUGAAAUCAUCCAAGUCCAAAGACAUACUUUCUGCUGAGGAAGUAAUGCAGUGGUCUCAAUCUCUGGAAAAACUUCUUGCCAACCAGACUGGUCAAAGUGUCUUUGGAAAUUUUCUAAAGUCAGAAUUCAGUGAAGAAAAUAUCGAAUUCUGGUUGGCUUGUGAAGACUAUAAGAAAACAGAGUCUGAUCUUUUGAGUAGCAAAGCAGAGAAUAUAUACAAAGCAUUUGUGCAUUCAGACGCUGUGAAACAAAUCAAUAUUGACUUUCGUACUCGAGAAUCUACAGCCAAAAAGAUUAAAGCACCAACCCCCACAUCUUUUGAUGAGGCACAAAAAGUCAUAUACACACUUAUGGAAAAGGACUCUUACCCCAGGUUCCUAAAAUCAAAUAUUUACUUAAAUCUUCUAAAUGACCUCCAGGCUAAUAGCUUAAAGUGA